CGCCUCUAUCUUUCAGGGCGGCCAAUCAGGAUGGCACCGGGAGAGAUUGACGUCAAGGCCGGGGAUCACGUGACCCGCGUGUGUUGAGUUGAAGCCGGGGAUCCAAGAUGGAGGAGUACGCGCGGGAGCCUUGCCCAUGGAGAAUAGUGGAUGACUGUGGUGGUGCUUUCACAAUGGGAGCUAUUGGUGGUGGCAUCUUUCAAGCCAUUAAAGGAUUCAGAAACGCUCCGGUGGGUGUAAAUUACCGAUUGAGGGGUAGUUUGACAGCUAUCAAAACCAGAGCACCACAGUUGGGAGGUAGCUUUGCUGUCUGGGGUGGUCUCUUCUCCAUGAUUGACUGUAGUAUGGUGAAAGCAAGAGGAAAAGAAGAUCCUUGGAACUCCAUCACCAGUGGAGCCCUGACUGGCGCCAUAUUAGCUGCCAGAAAUGGGCCCGUUGCCAUGUUUGGGUCAGCAGCUAUGGGAGGAAUUCUUUUGGCUUUAAUUGAAGGAGCAGGUAUCCUAUUAACAAGGUUUGCGUCUGCACAGUUUCCAAAUGGACCUCAGUUUUCAGAAGACGCCUCUCAGUUACAACCCUCUCCAUUUGGUGACUAUAGGCAGUAUCAAUGAUCAUUAGUCAUUGUUUUUCCUUUUCUGCAUCAUUGGACAAGCAAGUUGCAGCAUCACUUGAAGACUUUUCCUUGCAUCCAUGCACCUCGAUGUCUCUGUAUUUUUCACAAUAUUUAAAUUAUGAAUUGUCGCACUUCGUAAUUGUAAUGUGGAUAUGAGAUGCCUGAAAAACUCCUUAGUUAUGCCUUUUCUUAAGAGGACCAAGCAAUGUAUUGUUACAGAAAGACCUGAAACUGUGGCCUUUACAGUAUAAUUGCUGUUAUCAAUUUAAGGAAUGGAAUAACAAUACAGUAUCAGAGCUUCCCGCCCCUGCAUCAUAUAAUAGUGUGCCAUUGAAGCCGGCUGUGUUCUGUUUUAUAAUAGAUGAGUGUAGAGGAGACUCGCAAUGAGUUAUGAGACUGAGUUAUUAAAAUAAUUAUAUUGCUCUAAUUUUAUCACUUGAAGGGUGAUUGUUUUGGCAUAAGCUGCUGUGGAAGUCCCAACCAGUUAUAAAGGCAGCCUUCGGUUUCUUUAUUGAAGGAUUUGAGUUUCUUCAGAGUUGCACUUGGAGAGAAUGCUGCUUAGUUUAAUGUGUGACCAUUUUGACUCCUUAAAAUUAGAUCUUUUAUGUAAAUUCAGAAAUAAUGAAAGGGAAUGUUGACAAUCUGAUGGCGUAAUUCACUCCUAUAAAAAUCUGUUACUCAUAAACUUGACACAUCUGCAGAACAAACAUAUUCUCCCCAAAGGUGAUAUAUGUCUUUAAUCUUCAUCUGUCUGAAGAAACCUUUUCAUCCUUGAAUAUGAAUUAGUAUUAUAUUUGUACUUGUUCAAAUAGGGGUGGGCAACUAUGGUGAACCCAGGAGUAGUUGUUGUUUCUUGCCCUUAGGACCAUACAGAUUAUGUUAAUUGGGGGCAGCAGAGUGGCUUAAUAUACAAGCUGGUUCUUCAAAACCAGAAAUGGACUGCCAAACUAUUUUAGAUCAGUUUUCAGGGGACCUUGCAUUGUUUGUGCAGGAAAAAAAAGAAUCUACAUCAGUUGAGAGCUGUUCAAAUGGCCUUGGGUAGGUACCACUUUGCCUAACUCUGCUGUAAAUGAAAAAUAUUAUGUUGUCGAAGGCUUUCAUGGCCGGGAUCACAGGGUUGUAUGUCUUUCGGGCUGUGUGGCCAUGUUCCAGAAGUAUUCUCUCCUGACCUUUCACCCACAUCUAUGGCAGACAUCCUCAGAGGAUGCCUGCCAUAGAUGUGGGUGAAACAUCAGGAGAGAAUACUUCUGGAACAUGGCCACACAGCCCGAAAGACAUACAACAACCCUGAAAAAUAUUACUUUGAAAAUAUUUAGCGCUAUUAUAAUGGAGAAUUGGUAGAGCAUAGGUACGAUAGCUAAUCCACAUGUUUGGUUAUACCAUGUUUAAAUUUUUGAUCAUUUUAUAUUUGGAUAAAACAUAGGUACUGUUUGUUUACAACCUAUGUGAUUGAAAUUUACUUGCCGUUGCGUUGGCAGUUUAUUAGGUACCUGAACCAAAAAAGAGUGAUGCUCAUAUUUGCACAUUUCCUGGUUCAACAUAAAAUACUUGCAGAAUUUAGUAACGCUGAAAUUAAAAUCCAGUCCUCCAGUGUCACCUGCUGCUAAUUUUUCUAUUUUUAAGAGCAAGAGAAAACUGAACCAAUACCGUGGGCCUCCUGUCUAGUUUUGGGGUGGCGAAUCUGAAUAAAACAACUUGAAACUGUAUAUGGAAGGUGCUAAAGUUGGAUGCUUCUCCGCUUUAGAGCACUGAUGCUGGCUUUCUGUGUGGGAAGAAUAAUGUAUUAAGUGAUGGAAAUUGCUGUACUCUGAUGUUGUAUAUCUGAGUAAGAAUUCAACUUUAGUUUUGCAUGGAAGAUUUAUAUGCCAACAACACAAUGGGAUUUAGUUACCUGGGAAAGAUCUGUUUUAGGAUAAGCUGUUCAUUAUAUGUAGCUUAAUUUUAUAAGUACAUAGGGUGAUCUUUGGCAUUCUUUCCUAUAAGGAUGCAUGUUCCAUCACUAAAUUACUAAUUAAAUUUUUCAACAACUGUUUCAAUUAGAAUGCAUGGUAAGAAUUCGUGUCCUUGUGGAAGUAUGAUGGUACAGUAUAUACAUUGUUUUUUAUAAUAGAAUCAUGGAAAAAAGCAGAGUAGCAUAUAGGGAAGUGGGGGCAAUUUGAAAGGCAAGCUGAUGUCUUAACCUCAGGAAACCUUGGAGGACAACAUUCCCUGCAAAAGGAAUAUAUAUUUCUGCUUCCAAAUACUCUCUUGGAGCUUGGGGGCAUUUUUGUCACACUUCUGGGGUUUUCCUGGGCCAAUUUGGGCCCAGGAAAAUAAUUUAAAAGCCAGAAGACCUUGCCUGGGCCAGAUGUAGCUUGUAGAAUCAAAAGAUUGUGAAAUAAAUUCUCCCUUUUUAAAAUGGGUGGGCACUAUAAUGAACACUUCAAAUUUUGAGUCUUACAUGUUAGUGUUUAAGAAAUAUAUUUAUAGAUCACAAAAAUGUGGUGUUCAAACAUUGAAACCAGCCCAGUUUAUUAAAAGGUUAAUAUUAUUAACCAAUAGUAAAGGCAUUGUAAGAGAUAAAAAGACAUAUAUGUUUUAAAAUAUUUUCUAAAGCAGCCAGAGAGAUUAGAUGAUCUUCAAGAAAAGGCAGUUAUAUUUAUGUUUAAAAUAUAUCAUUUUAUACUGCUAGGAUAAGUGUCAGAAAUCUAUGUAGAUCUAUUUUCAAGCUUUCUUUUUUGAUAUGCUUACUGCAUACAACUUCGCUAAUUAAAAAAACUGGACAAAAGUUAAUUGUUCUUAAUGUAUCUUUUUCAUUAUAAAAAGAUUCAACUAUUGAACAAUCAGAUGUCUUCUACUUGACUUAUCUAAUAGAUGUAUCAUAUUAAUCCAGCUAUAAUGUACUUUGUUCCAUCUGCCAGAUUUCUUUAAAAUUAAUUUUCUAUCGAUACCACCUUUAUACAUAUUUAAUUCUACUAAUGCUUAUCUCUAAUAGUAAUCUAAAACCCUACCUCACCACUUCAUUAAAGUUAAUAAAUUUUGCAUCAUCACGUGCAUAUGUUUACUCCAAAUGACUACUAAUUUCAGUUUCCCUCUUAAAUUGUUUUGAAUCAUAAAAAUCCAGUUCCAAACAGGACACUAACACAGCUACUUAUCUGAAAACAAAUACAAGAUGCUAUUUAUGAUGGUGUCACUUCACAGUGGAUCAAGGGUCUGAGUUACUCUCUUGGCUACUAAAUUGAAAGGAGGAGAAGCAAAGGGAAAUUAAGUCCUGAUACCUAAUCACUGUUCAACCAAAUAAGAUCAGAUGCCUUUUCUUCAGAUAAAUCCUUGUGUUGGUUCAAACUGAAUAUCUCUACUGCAUGGUAAUAAGGCUUUCCCUUGGGAGCACUGAGGUGUAGAUCAAAUAGCAAUCACAUCGCAGCGGCUCUUUAGGCUAUGCACUUUGGAAAGCUAAAGAAGCUCCUCAGAAAUAAUUCAUUUCCAAGUCCCCCUUCCGUCCAGGUAUAUGCAGAUCAUUUCCCUGGGUGGCUGCAUCAGUAGGAAAGUAUUUAAUUUCCCUUCCCAGUGCUGCUAGUGGUGUGAUCCUGGUUCCCUUCUUCAACUGCCCUACAUACUUUUCCAUCCUCAAAGGGGGCUCGUAUUCCUUGUGAAUUAUUAGCCUCUGCUGCUAUGGGAGGGUGUGAUGGUGCACUGCAUCACAUGGAUUUAUUUGGUUCUGUUGAGAAGCACUGAAAGCUGGAGAGCUGAAUGACAACAUCAAACCUGUUUCCAUAAUUUUGGUAAGUAAGAAUCUGCUAGAAGUGGAUUAUGAAGAGUCUCCUUAUAGUUAAGGGUUUUUUUUCAUUUCAUAUAUCAUACUUCGUAGCUUGUUUCAGAGUGCAUUCUUAUACCCCAUUAAAGCCCUAUUACUUUUUAGUAGACACUUGAAACCAUUGUGCCUUGUCACAAGACCUCUGGAAAGCUAAAACGCAAGGCUUAGAAAUUAAAGCAAAUUCAGUAUGGAUGUUGUUGGCACCAUAAGAGAAAGGGUACAGUAAACACUUCUCAAAAGUGAAGAAAAGAAGACACUGCUAAUUCUCUAAACUAAUGUAUAUUCUUUGCAGGUAUUUCUGAUUAGGGUUUAAAAGGAUAUUGUUGAUUUUUUCUUUACUGUAUGGGUAAUGUUUGAUUACUUUAAGUCUGUAUGGUUACUUAUGUUGUCAGCUACUUUGGAGACAUGUUUACAGGAACAAUAUAUGUUUUUCCCAGCUCCAUUCUAUUAUUUGGAAGAUGAUUCUGAAGUAUAUUUGUGCGGCAAAACUGUAAUCCUAGACACAUGUAUCAGUAUGUAAAUGCUGCUAAACCUAUCAGGACUGCUUUCUGAUAAAUGACUUGUGACUGUGUUUUACAAUAAAUAUGAUUUCCUCAGCCA